GUCAUUUUAAAGUUUGCGCUACCUUAAGGGCCAAAAGGGAUCAUAUGAUAGCUAGUACAGCAGUUGAGAUAAGCAGGAUCAACUGAAUUUAAAACCUUGUUCUGAAUAUUUUUUAACUUUAUCCACUAAUUUUGAACGAAAUAAACCCUGAACACAACCUAGUUUGUUGUUAGCAAGAAGAGUUGCUUCUUAUUUCCACUCAAUUGAAUUCCCAAUGAGACUUGUAAAUUUAUUUAAUAGAUCUUUUGAACUAGUAAAAAGACGACUGUCAAGUCAAAUUCAAAUAUGCAUCGUUGGCAGUGGUCCAUCUGCAUUUUAUACUGCUCAAACUUUACUGAAAAAUCAUGCUGGUGUACAUAUUGAUAUGUUUGAGAAACUUCCUGCUCCUUUUGGUUUAGUUCGCUAUGGAGUGGCUCCAGAUCAUCCGGAAGUGAAAAAUGUUAUAAAUACUUUCACAGAAGUUGCCAAAAAUCCACGGUUUUCUUUCCUUGGGAAUGUUUGUAUUGGCAGAGAUGUUAAGCUGAGAGAAUUACAAGAAGCUUAUACGGCUAUUGUUUGGGCCUAUGGUGCUACUGUUGAUCGACGUUUGAAUAUUCCAGGAGAGGAUUUUCCAGGUGUAUUGUCAGCUAAAGACUUAGUGGGAUGGUAUAAUGGCGCACCUAACAACACCAAUUUUUCUCCCGAUCUUAGUUGUGAAACAGUAGCCAUCGUAGGAAUGGGUAAUGUGGCAGUUGAUGUCGCUCGCAUUCUCCUCUCUCCAAUUGACCGACUAAAAUCUACAGAUAUACCAGAACCUGUAAUAGACUGCUUAUCAACAAGUAAAGUACGAAAUGUAGUUCUGAUUGGUCGAAGGGGUCCUUUACAAGUGGCUUUCACUCUCAAAGAAAUUCGUGAACUUUCGAAGCUUUAUACAACCGCAUUUCAAUCUAACUACAUCAUUAACUUGCUACCGAAGGAUGUUUUUUCGGUGACAAUGGGAACAGAAGAAAAAAUUCAAGAUAUCCUUCUAGGACUUCCACGCCCUCGACGUCGUCUAACAGAAUUUUUGUUAAAAUUGCAUAAUUCUCCAGAUUAUGAAAUAGGUCAGUCACAACAUGCAACGUACCAUUGUCAUCUACAAUUUUUACGAUCUCCUACAGAGAUUGUUUCUAAUGAAGAUAAGAAUCCUGGUAAAAAUCGCUCUGUGGUUUCUCAUAUUAAGUUGGCGAAAGUCAAAUUAGAGGGUUCUGUUAGUCCUCAUCAAAAAGCUAUAGUAGAUCAUAGUCAAGCCUUGGAAUUAUUGCCUUGUGGUUUGGUUGUUCGUAGUGUUGGUCAUAGUGGUGUUCGCAUUGAUCCAGAAUUACCAUUUGAUGAACAAUACGGGGUUAUCCAAUGCAAAGAUAACAGUGGACGUGUGGUUGAUCUUCCUCAAAUUUCCUACAGUUUCACUGUAAGCCCAAUGUAUUGUGCUGGGUGGAUUAAGCGUGGUCCUGUAGGAGUGAUUGUCGAUACAGCUGUAGAUGCUCGUCAAACAGCCGAAGCUCUCCUAAGUGACUUGAAUGAAUUUGAAAAGCGUGGACAUUUAGACAUACUUCGGAAGGGUGGAUUUCAUGUCAUUCAACGCUAUCUUAGUGAAAGAACUGAGCGUCACACCUUUUACUGAUAAUAUCCUGCAAUAUAAUCAAUCGAAGCAUGUUGUUUUUCAAAGUGAUUAAACACAAGAGUUAUACUGGUCAUUGACCUCCUCUACAGUCAGUCACUACAAAGUGUGGAGCUUGGUGCAGAAGCUUGUCAAUUAGGAACAGACAAGUCGACAAAAAAUUUGAAACAGAAGUAAAUCACUAUCCGUUGGCCUACUCUAUAGCAGCAUGCACAGAAUGAGUGGAUAGAAAAUGUCAUUUCAAGGUGGAUGAAAUGGUGUGGGAGUUGAUAGGAUAAGCUGUGAAGAUGAUAGAGUGUGUACAAUUGCGCUAUCGUGACCAAGUAUGAGCCACACCACCGAGAAUCUCAAUCCAUUGAUUCCGAUCGUCUCGAGAAUCCUAAUCAGGAAGCCUACACCUCCACACAUGACUUGGGCCAACAAUCAAAGACUUUAUGGAUUAGUGUAGUGCGUUGUUCCGGUCAUCCUUAACUUUCCAACUACCUAAUCUUACCUCAACAAACCACACAAUUCGAUGUAAAAAGGUGAUUUAGCAUGUGAGAAACUUGUUCUAACUGUCUCAAUCGGUGAAGAUUCAUUACUUCAUUGACCGACCUAACUUUCUUAUCUAUUAUCUUACGCCUAACUGCUAGGUUGUUAAUGUGGUGAUUCCACCUUACACAAGAAGUACUAAGGAGAUAUAUGUUACCAAAAGUGUGCAACAUUUUCAUAUCUUUUAACUUCAUAGACAUUUAAUAGGUUGGAGUGAACUGUUGCACAGUAUACUCAUCCUUUGUUAGUUUGUCAGAUAUCUGGACAGCGUCAGAGGUGAAGUUAGUUGGUGAACGUCAAACUAGCGGUUUGAACGCGCCUGGAGAUUUCGUUGAGAAACAGCCCGUUUGGAAUUAAUUGAUUUCUCAGGCAAGUUAGGUGGUAAGCUAAAUCAUGUACUUUACUACUUACUGUUGAACAACUAGCUGUCAGUGCAGAUCCGUCAGGAAAAGUAAUCUUGUAUUUGACAGGUGUAAAAUCCAUGCCACACGCACUAAUAUCUUUAUUGAGGGUACUUAGAAGACUCUGAAUUUUUGGUCGGCGUCUCCGCCCAUUAUUUGUAUCCUGCACCCUACUCCAAGCAAGUGAUUUGAUCUCUACGAAGUAAUUAAAUCCUCGAGAAAACGUAAAGUUGACAUGUAUCAAUACGUGUACAUCAAAGAAAUAUGGCAAUAGUGAGAGUGAACACCUUCCAACAACAUCACUAGUCCUCGUUACUUCAGAGGACAAUUCUUCUUAAACCCAUAUACGGCUUCGUAAGAUCAAAUCGAAAGCUUUGAUUAGCAUUUUAUACUUGCUUGAUACUCCAUUCACAGCCAGAUACUUUCAUUUCAUGAUUGACAAUGUCGAAUGCUGCCUUCCGGUGAAGUGAGAUAACAAAUGUCCGCUACAGGUAAGUAUGCCUAUGUUACAUCACCUAUCGGAGGGUGGAAAAAUGAUCGAUGCAGCGUAAUCCAGGUCUGAAGCCUCCUCAGUUCCCUCGACUCCACCGUUUUCGAAUUCCAAUUAGUCAUCGAAAAACUAUGGACUCCAGCAUCUCAAACACGAUAUUAGUCAAACUAAUCCCCCUACAGCCAUCACAAGAAGACUUCUCUCCCUUCCCCUAGACUGGAACAAUCCGUGAAGUAGACCAGUCUGACGGUACUGCCUCUGAUUAUCAUAUACUACACAGUAUCUCCAUCACUCUAAUCACAAAUUUCCUACCUCCAUCCUUGAAGACUUCAGCUAGCAAACUGUAAGGUCAGGUCAUAUCUGCUGCUGCUGUUUUGUAUCGUUUCAGCUUCAAAACAGCUUUCUAGAAUUCAAGGAGAGUUGGAAGACUGACAUCUAUGUCCCAUUCAAGUUCGGGCUAGAUGUUGGGCGAGUGAAGCGUUGCUGUGGGCCAAUUGAACUGUGCUUUAAACUGUUCUGCACAACGUUCUACCCACCUAUCCUCAGAGGCUAUCAGAGUCCUAUCCACUUCUGUGAUAGAUUCACCCACCAUUGUCUUCUUCUUGCCGGUGUCCUCCAUAAGCCUAAAUAAUUGCCAGGUAUCACCUAAUGUUGGUGCUUUGUCUCUUCAUUGUGAUCAGAGCCUGCUGGUGCUAACUAGUCUUUCACAACAAUCACUUCGCAUGACGUUGCAGAAAUUCCCUGGCUUUUGUUAAGCUUCGUGUGUAGGUUACCAACUGUCUCUACGAAUGUUUCUACAGCAGACUGUAUAUGAUGCCAGGUGUCCUCAAAAUGAGCAUUGCAAUCACGUUCAAAUAAUUGCUUAUUUGUCUUUUCAAUAAAUGCGCACUGCGCGUUCUCAUCUUAAACUCAAGUGGAAACUGACUUCAUUGCAGCCUACUUCUUGCUACUAGUAACGGGAAGACAUA